AUGCAGGGUGUAGAACCAGAACUGGAGUACGAUACUUUGAGAAAUUCUGUUCAUGUUUUUGGAAGAGACCAGCAAAACUGCACUCCACCACCAACCUACGAAGAAGUUUUAUCAAUGCUAAAUAUGAGUCGCUAUGAAUCUUCUGCCAAUAAUAUAAAUAAUGUAAAUAAUGCAGAUGGAAAUUCAGGCCAUAACACUAAUGAUGUAGGUAAAAAUUUAAAUAAUGUGACAUACUUAUCUUUAUCUAAUUUGGCAAAUAUUACCUCAAAUCCUAAUAUAUCUGCAUCACAAAAUGAUAGUGAUAUUAGUAUGCCCGAUAUAGGAGGUAGCCAACCUUCCUGUAUGGAAAAUAUAAAUGAAGAGGAUUAG